AAAUUAAUGAUCGCGACUAGGCUCCCGUCAUAACAACAACGGCAUUCACUAGAGUCUGUGACUAUUGGACAUAACGCGUGGUCGCAUUGCAAUACCACCAGUAGAUAAACGCACACAGAGGACGAUGGAUGUUACAAAACUGAUAACGACGGCGGCCACUUUGGCCACAAUCUUCUUUGUACUUAUAUGUUUCACAACCACAGACGCUGCACCUACUAGGAGAUCAAGAGGGGUCGGCGGAAUGCACAUGUCUGCCGGCAUCCUGCGAGACUACAUGAUGUACUCGGCCGACAGAAAUCACGAUGGAAAACUUUCCGGGUCAGAAAUUGCGUGGUUUUAUAAAAAUGAAGCAUUUUACGACGAUUACGUAUCUGCAGAAUACGGAAGAGCAUUUAUAGAAAGCGCCGAUUACGACCAGGAUGGCGCUUUGAACGGCGACGAACUCCUGCGAAUGCUUGUGGAAUUGGACGCAUAUCCAUUCACCAAGAAACGAUGAAACGCUCAAAGGUGUAUGAUCGACAUGAUACAUUGAACAAGCAUCUGACAAAUUAAGUUAACCGUUUUGGUUGUUCGUACGACAUCUAUGACUGUAUGAACUGCUGAAGAAAAAUGCUUUUAAGCCUGAAACAAAAAAAUAAUAAUGGAUAAUAUACAGCAACUUGAAAAAUUAACGUCUUCACAAUGUCGCUUUAUUAAAUAAAUUGAAUGGAUGUUUCUGUUGAUUAACAUUCUUUAAAGAUUUAGGCAUUAUGCUUCUGUGUACUCAAAUUAAUUAUUUACCUGUAUUUUAUUCUCGAACGUCUCCGAAUUGAAACUAAUCAUACAGUUUCAUAGUUAAAACAUACUACAUAUAUGUAUAUAAGGUAACUGUUUUAAAUUUAUCAUCACGACGAGAAUUCAUUAUCUGGAUUCGAUGUUUAAAAAAAAGAUAUUCGUUGGUUGUAAAAUAUAUAAUAUAAUAUAAAACAUUCCUUUACUUAAGUUUUUGUCGUAGAUUGUUUAUGUUGAAUGAUUUGUUAUGUUUAUUAUUUAUUCUUGUAAAUUAAGAAUGUGCUGGAAAAAACAAACAUUAAUUAGUAGCAG